AUGGCGAGCUUAAAAAGAUCUACUGAUGCCGACCCUUUGGCAUCCAAUAUUUCGAGCAAGGUCUACGUGCGCUCGACUCGAAGCGGCAAAGUGCAGAAAAUCGUGAGAGAAGUCUACUUACGUACUGACAUUCCCUGCUCUUCGAAGCUCUGCAAGGCGUGUCUCCAGGACGCUCCUAAAAAUGCCGCCCAGCAAGUACAGCCAUUCAUCCUCUCGGAUAAGCCAGCAGGCACUAAAGCCUUUCCUCAAGGCCAUUACUUAGUCCCUGAUACUAACGCGUUGCUCAACGCAAUGGACCUUUUUGAGCAAAGCUCAGCAUUUUAUGACGUUGUCAUCUUGCAAACAGUGCUGGAGGAGCUACGAAACCGAUCAUUACCACUCUACAACCGCUUAGUGGGGCUUACAAAAAGCGAGGAUAAGAGAUUUUACGUCUUUUUCAACGACUUCAGGCUCGAGACCUUUGUCCACCGGGAGGCGAACGAGACUGUCAAUGAUCGAAACGACAGGGCUGUGCGUUUGGCUGUCAAGUGGUACGGCGAGCAUCUUGCUAGGACAAAGGCGAAGAACCUUCCUGCUGUGGUGAUGCUUAGUGAUGACCGAGAGAACCUUCGCAAGGCCAAGGAAGAUGGACUCCAUGCGUCUUCUCUUAGAGACUAUGUGGGGAGCCUCGAAGAUGGCGAGAGAUUACUCGACAUGGUUGCAGACGCUCAGAGCAUAGGGUCAUUUAAAAAGCUGGGCCAGAUGCUCUACUCUGAAUAUUUUACCCUAUCAAAGAUGAUGACCGGAGUCAAGGCUGGUUUGAUGCAUCAAGGCGUCUUUAACGUAUCCCCGUACAACUACCUUGAGGGGUCAAUCAAGGUUCCAGCGUUUCCAAAGCCCCUCCUCAUUUUAGGUCGCGAGAACAUCAACCGAGCCGUUGAUGGCGAUGUGGUAGUCGUUGAAGUUCUUCCCCAGGACCAAUGGAAGGAGCCUUCUACAAAGAUUAUUGAGGAGGACACCAUCACCAAGAACGAGAACGCAGAUGCGGAGGAGAGCCAGGAUUUCGUUUCCGAAAAGGAGCGAAAGGCUCUGCAAGAGCAGGUCAAGAAGACGCAGAAGAGCGCUUCGGAGAGCAAACCCCAGCCCACAGCCAAGGUAGUGGGUGUCAUCAAACGCAACUGGCGACAAUAUGUCGGCCACAUCGAUCCUUCGUCAGCGAGCAAGGCCUCCAACCAAGGGCGCAAACAGGAUAGUGUUUUCCUUAUCCCUAUGGAUAAGAAGAUCCCCAAGAUCCGUCUUCGCACACGGCAGGUGGCUGACCUUCUUGGCAAGCGCCUGUUGGUAACCAUCGAUGGCUGGGAGCGUGACUCAAGGCAUCCUGUCGGACAUUUCGUGCGAUCUUUGGGUGAGCUGGAGACGAAGUCGGCUGAGACGGAAGCUCUACUUCUGGAAUGGGACGUCCAAUAUCGGCCAUUCCCAAAGACAGUGCUCGACUGUCUUCCCAAGGAGGGACAUGACUGGAGAGUACCUACGAGCAUGGAGGAUCCUGGCUGGAGACAAAGAGAAGAUCUCCGAGGACUUCUCAUCUGCAGUAUCGAUCCCGUCGGAUGCCAGGAUAUUGAUGAUGCUCUCCACGCGAAACAACUUUCCAACGGAAAUUACGAAGUCGGCGUCCACAUUGCUGACGUCUCCAACUUUGUCAAGCCUGCCAACGCCAUGGACACUGAAGCUAGCAUCCGAGGUACCACUGUCUAUCUAGUUGAUAAGCGUAUCGACAUGCUUCCCCCUCUUCUUGGUACCGAUCUUUGCUCGCUCAAGCCAUAUGUAGAGCGAUUUGCCUUCUCUGUUAUUUGGGAGCUGAAUGACAACGCCGACAUUGUCAGCGCCCGCUUUACAAAGUCUGUCAUCAAGUCCCGAGAAGCUUUCAGCUACGAACAGGCCCAGCUGCGAAUCGAUGAUGAUUCUCAGCAAGACGAUCUUACCAAGGGAAUGCGCAUGCUUCUCAUGCUUUCCAAAAAGCUCAAGAAGAAGCGAAUGGAUGCCGGUGCCCUGAGUCUUUCUUCGCCGGAAGUCAAGGUGCAGACCGAAUCGGAGACGUCUGAUCCUAUUGAUGUCAAGACGAAGCAACUUCUGGACACCAACUCCCUUGUUGAAGAGUUCAUGUUGUUCGCCAACAUCAGUGUCGCGGCCAAGAUCUAUGAAGCGUUCCCUCAGACUGCCAUUCUUCGUCGCCACGGCGCUCCUCCAAAGACCAACUUUGACGAGCUAUCGAAUCAGCUCCGCACCAAGCGCGGCAUGGAGCUGCGCACCGACUCCAGCAAGGCUCUUGCCGACUCUCUGGAUGAAUGCACCGACCCCAAGGAACCCUUCUUCAACACUCUUGUGCGUAUCAUGGCUACUCGCUGCAUGAUGAGCGCAGAGUACUUCUGCUCAGGAACACAAGCUUAUCCCGAAUUCCGCCAUUACGGUCUCGCUUCCGAGAUCUAUACCCAUUUCACCUCUCCCAUUCGUCGUUACGCCGAUCUUCUUGCCCAUCGUCAGCUGGCUGCCGCUAUUGAUUACGAAGCUAUCCACCCCAAUGUUCGCAGCCGAGGACGUCUCGAGGCUGUGUGCAAGAACAUCAACGUACGACACCGCAACGCCCAGAUGGCCGGUCGUGCCAGUAUCGCCUAUUAUGUCGGCCAGGCUCUCAGGGGCAAGGUUGCUGAGGAAGACGCGUUUGUCAUGAAGAUCUUCAGCAACGGCUUUGUCGUCCUUGUCCCACGCUUUGGCACAGAGGGUUUGAUCCGACUCAGGGAUCUUGCGGAACCUGAGCCCGAGGCGGAGUAUGAUGCCGAUACAUACACGCUUACUACCAAGGGAAGCGGAGAGAUCAAGGUGGAGCUGUUCCAGAAGGUCAGGGUUAGAGUCCGUGACGAGAAGGACGAGAUGACAGGCAAGCGAGGUGUCAAGAUGGAGUUGAUCGAGGCAUAG